UGUUGGAGUGAGUAAUUGUAAUUUAUCUCCAGGUAUUUGCCGAAAAUAAAAAUUAGCCAAAAAUAGAAAAAUGUCGCAUCAAACUGGUAUAAAAGGUAAUGAUAAACUUACAAAAGUUUUUGGGAAAAGCAAAAACGGAAAGCUGCGGGUUAUAAAAGUUUCAAUAGAAAAUGAGGAACUUAAUUGUACCGCUACAGCUGAGGUAAAAAAAGACUGGGAGAGGGACUACGACAAGUUAAUUGCACCAUUGUUAGAAGAAAAUGUACCAUGUUAUAUACUUUAUCGGUUGGAUAGUAAAACUUCGCUUGGUUAUGCAUGGCUGCUGUUGAGUUGGGUGCCGGAUACGGCAACAAUACGACAAAAGAUGGUUUAUGCUUCCACAAAAGCAACACUUAAAACCGAAUUCGGUUCGGCGCAUAUUACUGAGGAAAUACACGCAACAACCUUAGAAGAGACUACAUUUGAAGGCUACGUACGGCAUAAACAAGACUUUGCAGCACCGGCACCACUAACCACUCGUGAGGAAGAGCUGGUAGAGUUGCGUAAAACUGAAAUUAACACCGAUAUUAAUACGGAUACGCGUCACCAAACCCUGGGCGGAGUAGUGUGUGCAAUGUCUGAUGCCACUGUUGCGGCUGUUAAGGAUUUGCUACGAGGUUCGUAUGACUAUCUUCAAUUUCGUAUCGAUCUGGACGAGGAGCGCAUACAUGUGUCGAAGGCAGCAGUGGUGCCGCUGAAUGAAUUGCCCCAUCAGGUGCCGACCGAACAUGCACGCUAUCAUUUAUACCUCUUCAAGCACACGCAUGGCGGUGACUAUCAAGAAGCAUUUGUUUUCAUAUAUUCUAUGCCUGGGUAUACAUGUUCGGUGCGUGAACGUAUGAUGUAUUCCAGCUGUAAAGCACCAUUUUUGGACAACUUGAGCACGUUUGGAGUAAAUGUUGCGAAAAAGUUGGAAAUCGAUAGUGGUUCUGAAUUGACUGAGGAGUUUCUGCUCGAAGAACUCCAUCCAAAAAAACUUGCCAGCAGACCAGCAUUUGCGAAACCUAAAGGCCCACCUAGUCGCGGUGCAAAACGUCUGACUCGUCCACAAGAGCAAUCUUAAGUGCAGAAUGGAUAUAGAAUUCUAUUCGGCAACUUGACCACCUCGCGGCAAUAAUUUGACUAAUGCUUUCUUUAUUCUUCCACCUGAUGUUUAACUCGCAUUUUAUCAUGAUUCAAGUAUUUAACUAUAAGAAGUGUCUACAAGUUAUUCAUACAUAUAUGUACAUAAACAUAAUGUUUAAUAGUAUUGAAUGUUAGAAAUUAUGUUUAUUUGUGUUCACUUCCACGCAAGAUCUAUAAAUAGUUAUGUAAAUGUACACAAAAGCAUACAUGUAAAGAUUUACUGCCUUAUUCCUUUCUAAUGGUACGCGCGGGCCGUUGAUCUUAAUCAUUUUGUAGCGCUGUUCGAUCAAACUUUCAAACAACUAAUGAUAUAUAACUAUUCCGCAAUAAUGUUUGGGGAAUGCUGCUGGAGUGACAGUCCUUGGCCGGAUGUAAACGAUAUAAAUCCGGGUCGUUUAGGUAAUGCAGAACCGACCUUUGUGGGAACGUGAUAUGUUUUCUAAUGCAUAGUAAUGGCUCUGACCCAUAUAAAAAAAUUGUAGUCAAUAAAACAAACAAUACACAUACAUAUACAUUUACCAAAUACAUAAAAGUUGAUGUUGAACAAUUCAAUUUGCUCCCUUUUGUUUAACAAAAAAAAAAAAAAAUAAUGUGUCAUCUUCUAUAUACAUAUGUAGCUGUAUUUAAGCGUUUAGAAAUUGCAAUAUAACAUAAAAAUGUAUCUAUUAUUAAUUAUACAUAUGUGUGUACAUCCAAAAUAAAGAGUUAAUUUUCUACUAGUUAACUUAAA